CCCUCAAAGCUUCAGCCAUUAAAAGUAAAGUUAUUGACGCAGGCUAUUUUGUAUUUACAUGCUUGUAAUUUCUAAGGAUAUGUUCACGUUAAUAAUUAGAAAUUCAAAAGCUUUUUUUCGCUUGCUGUCGUCCGUCGACCAGUGAAGAGGUUUAAAGGCAGGAGAGUCAGAAUGAUGCAUUGCUGUGGUCUCGUGACUGAACAAAAGCUGCCAGUUCCUCUGAAGAGCAUCAGUGUUGAGGUGCAGGUGAAGAGUCAUGUAGCCACAGUCACCUCCACUCUGCAGUAUGUGAAUGAGGAAGAGCGCCACCUGGAGGCCUUGUUUGUGUUUCCUCUGCCUGCUGAUGCUGCUGUCUGUCACUUCAGUGCCAAGAUCGGAGAUCAGGAGAUUGUGGCAGAGGUUCAAGAUAGAGAAACCGCGAGGGAUCAGUAUGAUGAUGCUGUGAGUUCUGGUCAGCAGGCGUUUCUGCUGGAAGAGAGUGAAGAAAGUUCUGAUGUGUUCAGACUGAGUGUUGGGUGUCUGUCACCGGGUCAGAACGCUGACAUCACCAUCACAUACAUCACUGAGCUCUCUGUACAGGCCGACCACUCGCUGCACUUCUGUCUGCCUGCUGUACUCAACCCCAGAUACACACCAGCAGGUUCAGAUGCUGGAAUAGUUUCAGAGAUUUCGUCAUGUGUCUCUGUUCCCUACACUUUGACUCUUAGUGUUCAUGUGAGCUCUCCAAACCCCAUCUCCAAACUAGAGUCCAACUGUACUCUGGAUCCUCUUGUGUUCCUCAACUCUGAUCACACUCAGGCAACAGUGAAUCUUAGUUCUGGUCACAAGUUUGAUAAAGAUGUUGAGUUGUUUCUGUACUAUCAGAAUACCCAUCAGCCCACUGCUAUAGUGGAGGCAGGAGUGACCACUGCAAAACCAGGUUCUCUGAUGAGUGACCCAGUGGUGAUGAUAAGUUUGUACCCCGAAUUCCCAAAGAAAGUGAUGUCGUCAUUAGCAACACAAGGCGAGUUUAUUUUUGUGAUGGACAGAUCAGGCAGUAUGGACUGUAGGAUGCAUUAUGGGAAAGGAGCAAAGACGCGCAUACAAAGUGCAAAGGCAACUCUGAUCCUGCUGUUGAAGAGUCUGCCAAUGGGCUGUUACUUCAAUAUCUAUGGAUUUGGCUCUCGCUUUGAGGGUUUUUCCCCCUUUAACAGCGUUGAGUACAAUGAGGACACAAUGGUACGGGCACUGAAGACGGUCAAUGAAAUGAGAGCAGACUUGGGCGGCACAGAGAUUUUAUACCCUCUAAAACACAUCUUCCGUCUGCCCUGUUACCCUGAACACCCCAGACAGUUGUUUGUCUUUACUGAUGGAGAGGUGGAGAACACUAAAGAGGUUCUGGAUCUUCUGAGACACCAUGCUCACUCUCACAGGUGUUUUUCAUUCGGGAUUGGUGAGGGUGCAAGUACUGCCCUCAUCACAGGAAUGGCCAAAGCAGGAUCUGGACACGCCCAGUUCAUCACAGGCACAGACCGCAUGCAACCCAAAGUGAUGGAGUCUCUCAGGUUUGCUCUUCAGCCUGCAGUGAACAAGAUCUCAGUACAGUGGAAAGUACCAGAUGGCAUUACUGUUGACACGCUGUCUCCACCCAUCAAUGCGAUCUUUCAGGGUCAAAGGUCACUCAUUUAUGCCCAACUUAAAGGACAGAGUUCAGAAAGCUCUGAAGGAUCAGUAAUAGUUCAAUACAACCUGAAAGAUCAACCAGUGACAAACCAGCUUCACUUCUGCCUUAAACCAACUGAGGACACUGGGUUGUCCGUCCACAAGCUGGCGGCCCGGUCUCUGAUCCGCUGUCUGGAGCAGGAGGAGAAGAAACCAUAUGCAAAGGUGGAUGAUAUCAGGAGGAGGAUGGUGGAGAUCAGUGUUGAAGCAGGAGUGAGCAGUGUUCAUACAGCCUUCAUUGCCAUUAAUAAACACAACAGAGAGGCUGUGAAAGGAGGACCACUGAUACAGCGAAGAGUACCAAUACAAGAGAUGACGAUAGAUCAAGUUAACCCUUUUCCAAGGCUGCGUGGUGGUGGAGGCCCGCUGCCGCCUUAUACUCUAGAACAAGCUAUGGCUCAAGCCGUAGAUAUCGAUGAUUGUGAUGUGGAAUUAGAAGAAAAGCCGAGACGUAGUAGUGGACGCAAGAGGAAGGCUGAUUCUGCUUCAUCACAAUCAAAAUCUAAGCCUAAGAUGGGCUCUUCACUCCAGCUGAUUACUCUACAAAAAGCUUCAGGCUGCUGGGAACUGAGCGCUGCCUUGGCCCGAGUGUUUGGAAAGACUGAAGAUGAGCUGACCAAUCAGAAACCAGCACAGGUGGAUGGGUCAGUGUGGGCCACUCUUCUGUCUCUCAUCUGGUUAUACGGCUAUAAAAUACAGCAACAGAUUGAGUGGCAGUUUGUGGCCAUGAAGGCGGCGUCAUGGAUCGGCUCUCAGAACGUGGUCAGUCUGUCUCAGUGUGUGUGUGAUGGGAAUCAUCUACUGGGAUGUCAGGUGAAAGAAGAAACUUUGGGAAUUUCAGUAGACAGAAUGAUGAACUGCUGCGGUCUCGUGACUACAGAAAAACUGCCAGUUCCUCUGAAGAGCAUCGGAGUUGAUAUGCAGGUGAAGAGUCAUGUAGCCACAGUCACCUCCACUCUGCAGUAUGUGAAUGAGGAAGAGCGCCACCUGGAGGCCUUGUUUGUGUUUCCUCUGCCUGCUGAUGCUGCUGUCUGUCACUUCAGUGCCAAGAUCGGAGAUCAGGAGAUUGUGGCAGAGGUUCAAGAGAGACAAACUGCGAGGGAUCAGUAUGAUGAUGCUGUGAGUUCAGGUCAGCAGGCGUUUCUGUUGGAAGAGAGUAAAGAAAGUUCUGAUGUGUUCAGACUGAGUGUUGGGUGUCUUUCACCGGGUCAGAAUGCUGACAUCACCAUCACAUACAUCACUGAACUCUCUGUACAGGCCGACCACUCGCUGCGCUUCUGUCUGCCUGCUGUACUCAACCCCAGAUACACACCAGCAGGUUCAGAUGCUGGAAUAGUUUCAGAGAUUUCGUCAUGUGUCUCUGUUCCCUACACUUUGACUCUUAGUGUUCAUGUGAGCUCUCCAAACCCCAUCUCCAAACUAGAGUCCAACUGUACUCUGGAUCCUCUUGUGUUCCUCAACUCUGUUCACACUCAGGCAACGGUGAAUCUGAGUUCUGGUCACAAGUUUGAUAAAGAUGUUGAGUUGUUUCUGUACUAUCAGAAUACCCAUCAGCCCACUGCUAUAGUGGAGGCAGGAGUGACCACUGCAAAACCAGGUUCUCUGAUGAGUGACCCAGUGGUGAUGAUAAGUUUGUCCCUAAAAUUCCCAGAGGAAGUGAUGUCAUCAUUAGCAAAUCGAGGCGAGUUUGUUUCUUUGAUUGACAGAUCAGGCAGUAUGGAAUGUUUGAUGCAUAAUGAGACAGGAGCACAAAGGCGCAUAGAAAGUGCAAAGGAAACUCUGCUGUUACUGUUGAAGAGUCUGCCCAUGGGCUGUUACUUUAAUAUCUAUGGAUUUGGCUCUCGUUUUGAGUCCUUCUUCCCUCAGAGUGUUGUGUACAAUCAGGACACAAUGGAUCAGGCACUGAAAAAAGUCAAUGAAAUGCGAGCAGACAUGGGCGGCACAGAGUUUUUACAGCCCCUAAAACACAUCUACAGUCAACCCUGUUACCCUGAACACCCCAGACAGUUGUUUGUCUUCACUGAUGGAGAGGUGGGAGACACUAAAGCAGUUCUGGAUCUUGUGAGAGGUUAUGCUAAAUCUCAAAGGUGUUUCUCAUUUGGGAUUGGUGAGGGUGCAAGUACCGCCCUCAUCACAGGAAUGGCCAGAGAGGGAUCUGGACACGCCCAGUUCAUCACAGGCACAGACCGCAUGCAACCCAAAGUGAUGGAGUCUCUCAGGUUUGCUCUUCAGCCUGCAGUGAACAAGAUCUCAGUACAGUGGAAAGUACCAGAUGGCAUUACUGUUGACACGCUGUCUCCACCCAUCAAUGUGCUCUUCCAGGGUCAAAGGUCACUCAUUUAUGCCCGACUUAAAGGACAGAGUUCAGAAAGCUCUGAAGGAUCAGUGAUAGUUCAAUACAACCUGAAAGAUCAACCAGUCACAAACCAGCUUCACUUCUGCCUUAAACCAACUGAGGACACUGGGUUGUCCAUCCAUCGAUUGGCGGCCCGGUCUCUGAUCCGCUGUCUGGAGCAGGAGGAGAGGACAAGAGGUGUAGAUGUGGAUGACAUCAGGAGGAGGAUGGUGGAGAUCAGUGUUGAAGCAGGAGUGAGCAGUGUUCAUACAGCCUUCAUUGCCAUUAAUAAAAACAAUAGAGAGGCUGUAAAAGGACCAAUGAUACAGAGAAGAGUACCAACACGAGAGAUGCGUAGAUGUUCAGCGGCGUAUGCAAAGAUGCGUGCAUGUUCAGCGUCGUAUUGCUACAAAAAGAGGUCCAAAAGAUCAUUGAAUUCUUCAAGUCUGACGGAUAUUGCACCUUCACGAAAACAGUUAACAAAAUCUAAUCCUGAGAUGAGCUCUGAUCUCCAUAAGGAUCCUUUACUUCAGUUGAUUUCUCUUCAAAAGGCUUCAGGCUGCUGGGAACUGAACGCUGCUUUGGCUCGAGUGUUUGGAAAGACUGAAGAUGAGCUGACCAAUCAGAAACCAGCACAGGUGGAUGGGUCAGUGUGGGCCACUCUUCUGUCUCUCAUCUGGUUAUACGGCUAUAAAAUACAGCAACAGAUUGAGUGGCAGUUUGUGGCCAUGAAGGCGGCGUCAUGGAUCGGCUCUCAGAACGUGGUCAGUCUGUCUCAGUGUGUGUGUGAUGGGAAUCAUCUACUGGGAUGUCAGGUGAAAGAAGAAACUUUGGGAAUCUGAAGACUUCAGUGUUUCUACUUCCUGUGAUGUCAGAAGGCCAAAGAUCCCUUAUGAAUAUUAUGUUCAUUUACAGUAUUAGCUGUUUGUGUUUUUGCUUUUCAGAAAAAACAUGUUUUAGACAUAUUCUUGUUUUUCUUGUCUAGCAGUGUUUAUAUUUCAGUUCAGUUAUUAGAGAUGUUGGAUUAAGCCCUAGUCCCAGACUAGACUGAAUGUUUGAGCUGUCCUAACUGAACACAGCUUACAUCUUAAAAUAUAUCACUGUCAUUGUUUUGUCUCAAGAUACACACCAGUGAUGUGUUUGAAAGGCUUGUGUUUAAAAACCACUUUUAAUAAGAGUCUAAUGAGACUUCUUAGUUUAAGACAUUUUUUACUUUUGAAAUGAAAAUUAACAUAUCUGAAAACCUUUAUGUAAAACUGUUUGUUAUAUUUGAAAUGUUUUCAAUUAAAAUUUGUGUACCCUAAACUGAUC